CUAGUUACUUCAAAGAAAGGGAAUUAAACUUGAGUAAUGUAUCAUCACAAUAUCAAACAGGCCUGAAAAGUAGUGAUGUCUCUUCUAAAGUACCACCUGGAAAGGGUUGAAAAAUCCACUUAUCUCAGAGACAGGAUGCAAUAGAAAACUUAGUUCACACAAAAUAACUUCUAGGAGGAUGUUCCCCCUGCCCCUCCCUCCCAAAAUAUCCCCAAGCAGCAGACAUAUUUAAGGUGAAUAGCAAAGAUACACUAGAAGAUGGGGAUUGGUAAUUAUCCAUCUUGCAUUGCCUUUCGCCUACUGCACUAAACAAAAAUGUACAGACAUUUUUUAGGAUCAGCUUAUGGAAUCCAGAUACAGGAAUGCCAGAGAAGAUAGCAUGUGGUUAUUGUCUCAAGUGGUACUUAUUAAGUAGUCCCUGGUGUUAGCAUAUAUUUGCUCCCCCUGUCUUCCAGGUCAGUGCUACUAUGUCUACUGAUGAAACCAAGUUUUACAAUACUCAGACCAGCAGUUUGAUCUGGGUUGUAUUCUGCUUUGCAAACUGUCAACAGAAUUGACAGCUCACUGAUUCCACAAUUGCUGUUGUUUUUGAAAUGGCUCAGUUUGAUUUCCAAAAGGAGGCUAAGCUGACAGUUCUGGUUGUUACAAAUCAAAACAGGAGUUUUCUAAACUUCUCAAGUUGAACACAAAAGUCAUGAGAAUAUAACACAUCAAACCAUUGUUCAUGUAGGAUCAAUUUUUUUACCUUAAUUAUAUUAAAUUGAGAAGAAUAAAAUUCUCUGCAUUUUCUGCCUGCUUUGUUUAAAUAUCGAAGGAAUAUGUAUGGAUUGUUUAGAAGAGUCAUUUGUUCUAAAACAGUAGAACUAAAAUAGUGAGAAUGUUAGUUUUAAAAACUUGUAUGUAGAGACUUAUUCCCUACAAUCAUUGCCAGAUGCCCCCCCACACUGCUCUAUGAAGAUUACAUAGUUCUGGGAGACCAGGUAUUUUGUGCCUCAGUGAGGAGAUCUAAUUCAAAGCACAGUCAUCACCAGAGAAAAGUCUGGAGCUGCUCAUGUAGACUAACUCAUACCUUUAGAUUUUCUGCACUGGACUCCCACAGGUGGAGGUGGCUCUUUUACUUCUCUGUGGAGCUCUUCCUGUUUUCCUCCUCCACUUCAAACCACUGACUUACCUUCUACUUGACUUAAAUCUUCCUUUUCAUGCGUUAUCUUAUAUCAGACACUCUUUUUACCUUGAAAUAUCUUAAACUCUGUAUAAAACUAAAAUGUUUUCCAUUCUCUGCUGCUGUCUGUCUGUCCUCCAACUGCAGGAGUAUGGUGAAAUUCACUUGGAAUCCAUAUAACAUAGCAAAACUUGGAUACCCAUUUAUAAAAAUCUGUACCAAAGUUCCCCAGUGUCUCUGGAUCUUGUUUGGGAAAUCUUGUCUUAAAGAUGUGCUGGGUGGCUCAGUUGGGAUCCUGAUCCUUGCCUGUUGGUUGGUGAUAAAAUAUUUAGUUGGCCUGUGCGUUCCUCCUUUUAUGGAGGUGUAAAGAGUGUGUGAUUUCGUGGGCCCGUGUGAGAACAGUACUAUGAUCGUAUAGUUACAGAGAUGCUUAUAUUUAGAAGGCUUUAAAAAAGGAUCCUGUCACAUUAAAAAUCAUACAAUUAAAGUAGAUUUGCUACAAACAACCUUAAUAUUAAUCUGACGGUUUUAUAAACCUAAUCUUCCUUGGUUAUGUUAUGUAUUUACUACAUGCAGUAAUCUACCAGGUUGGGCAAAAUAAAUAGAAUAAUCUCACAUUUGUUUAUGGGUAAUUUCUAGUCAAUUUCACUCUCUUGUACACUUGAACAAUGCUGCAAUAUUUCAACUGAAAAUAUUAUAAUGGAUGGAUAUAGAAACAAACAUUUCUGUUGAUAUUGGGAUUUGUAAAAGCUAAGUUUUGUAAAACCUACAGUAUAUGUAGGGCCAAAUAUCCCUUACCAACCUCCUUCCCCUCAAGAGAUAUUGUUAUUACCUUGGUGUGUGUUGUUUGAUUUCAAAAUUUAGAAUACUGACAAAUUAGCUAUUAAAUAAAACCUUUUUCCAUCAUUCGAUCUCAGUGAUGUUCAUAACGUUUUGAGGUUUUCGAUCUGAUGCAAAACUUGCAUUUGGUGAAUACAGUUUUUCUCUAAUCUGUUAUAAGAUGCUCUUUAUAUGCCCGUCAGCCUGCCUUUGAAAUAUACUUACUUCAGGUUAGGACAAUUUAUCAGUGCUUUACCCUUCAGUCCUUUUUUAAUCUAUUCUCCUUCAUCUACUACUUGACCAAAGAAGGAAGAGAACCAAGAUCAGUUAAAUGAACUGGUUGUGAGCAGCUAAAGACCCCGGGUAUUGGGAAUAUAAAGAAUGAGGGGAAAUCAUGGAAUGUACUAUUUGUAUUGUGGCUAUUGCUAGAAUCACAGUAGAAAUACAAUAUGUAGUUAAAUGAUAACGUUUAACAUCAACAUAUAGUGUUUUGUAACAUUAACCACAAUGUUUGCAACAGAUGAUUUUGAUAAUUUCGUAUUUUUACACACUCGGUUGCAAUUUUCCAUGUUUAGUCUCAACCAAAAGAUGAAUUUUAGUUUGUGGAAAACUGAAGAAAAAUCUGUUGUUGCAUAUUGUGAAGCUAGGAAACACAUUUCCUACAAAACACUUAUCACAGAGAAAUGAUGAAAGUUGACACUUUACAUGUUAGAGGACACAGUCCACUUAAAAUCUAGUCAGCUUAAAAAAGUUAACUCAAAGUAUCUUCAUGUCCACCUGCCCUGAGUCUUCCUGCCAAUUAUUGGUUGUUGUACAAUCAUUUUCUUGUUGUGGGAAAGACCCCCACAAAUAGUUUUGUAUUAAUUGAAUUAAACUGAACAAAAUAAUUUUUCAUAAAAAUAAUAAUUUACCAUCAUGAUCAGGAGAAAAUAUAGGCUAUCCAAAACUUGUGUAUAUCACAGUUUUGGAGUCUUUACACAAUUUUUGUUGCCGUCUGGAAAUUCUGAACUUUCAUUACUAAAAUGUUUUCAUCUCUUUCUGUUGAAAGUUAAAUCCAUGACAAAGUUAACUGGUUUAACAAUGCUCUGUCAACAUAACCGUCCAGAAAACAGUCUUGAACUAAACAGCAGCAGUAGCAAGGAUGUGAACUCUUCCUACCGCAUGCCAUACAUCUCUGUGAGGUGUCAACUUAAUUAGAGUUAUUAAACAUGGCACUUUUUCUUUAAAACUAAACAAAUGGAUGCCAAAACUGCUAACAUUUGGUUUGGAUUAUUUCAGUAGCAGAAAAUUGCACAUUAGAUAUAAAAUUAUGGUUAACAAUAUUUACAGAAAUAUAGUAAGCUACAAAUUUAACAAUAAAAAUAGAGAUUAAAUGUAUUGUAGCAUUGCUGAGUUAAGAACUUUAAGCAAGAUUGUAAGAGCCUUUCCUUUUUAGUACAGAAUAAUUUCCUUUUGGAUUGGACCUAGUACACUGAAAUGUGUCCACUUUGUUGCACUGAAUUUGUAUAACAUUGUAAAAAUUGAUCCUUUUAAUCAGAAAUCAUUGCAAAUAUGGGGCCUCGACGGAAAAAUGUGAAACCGUGCUGCAUGAGUAGGGAAGUCUCUGAAACUACCAAACUAGAUGAGCCAAAAGAUUAUAUGAACCAGCUCUCACAUGAAGUACUUUGCCAUAUCUUUAGGUACCUUCCCCUGCAGGAUAUCAUGUGCAUGGAAUGUCUCUCCCGGAAGCUGAAGGAAGCGGUGACUCUGUACCUGAGAGUGGUGAAGGUCGUGGACCUCUGUGCAGGCCGCUGGUGGGAAUACAUGCCCACUGGUUUCACUGAUUCCAGUUUCCUAACGUUGCUGAGGAAGAUGCCAGACAUUGAACAACUCUAUGGUCUUCACCCCAGGUACCUUGAAAGGCGCAGAGUCCGUGGCCAUGAAGCUUUCAGCAUUCCUGGAGUGCUAGAGGCCUUGCAGGCCUGCCCAAAUCUGCUGGGUGUUGAGACCUCUCAUUUGGAGCUGGUGGAAGCCAUUUGGACAUACAUGCCACAAGUUCAUAUUUUAGGGAAGUUUCGUAAUCGUAAUGGUGCUUUUCCAAUCCCGCCUGAAAACAAACUGAAAAUUCCUAUAGGAGCUAAAAUUCAGACAUUACACUUAGUAGGGGUAAAUGUCCCUGAAAUUCCUUGUAUCCCAAUGCUGAGGCAUCUUUAUUUGAAGUGGGUGAGGCUCACCAAACCACAGCCCUUUAAAGAUUUUCUUUGUAUCAGCUUACGCACUUUUGUCAUGAGGAACUGUGCAGGACCCACAAAUUCUUUGAAAUAUGUCCCUUUAGUGACGGGUUUGGCUUCUGCCCGAAACCUGGAGCAUUUAGAACUGGUUCGAGUUCCUUUUCUUGGAGGACUUAUCCAGCAUGUUGUAGAAGAUAGCUGGAGAUCAGGUGGUUUUAGGAAUUUGCACACUAUAGUUUUGGGAGCUUGCAAGAAUGCUCUUGAAGUGGAUCUUGGCUACCUCAUCAUAACUGCUGCACGAAGGUUGCAUGAAGUGCGAAUUCAACCUUCCCUGACCAAAGAUGGUGUCUUUUCUGCACUGAAGAUGGCAGAACUGGAGUUCCCACAGUUUGAAACCCUUCAUCUGGGAUAUGUUGAUGAGUUUUUGCUACAAUGCAAAAUGACUAAUGGGGACUUGGUAAAGUAUGGCUUGGCUGAUGUGGUUGAAAAUCCAGGAAUCAUCACAGACAUUGGAAUGAAGGCUGUAAAUGAAGUAUUCUCUUGCAUCAAGUAUCUGGUCGUGUACAACUGCCCACAUCUGCACAACCCAAACAAUUGGAUCACAGAUCAUUCAAGAUGGACCCGGCUAGUUGACCUCACCCUGGUGCGAUGCCAUGCAAUAAAGCUAGAUUCUUUUAGUCAGUUCAUUGAAUUACUGCCAAGCUUGGAGUUUAUCUCUCUGGACCAGAUGUUCCGGGAACCUCCUAAGGGCUGUGCUCGUGUGGGCCUGAGUGCUGGCACAGGGAUUGGUGUUUCAUCUGCCCUAGUCAGUAAUCAGAACUCCAACAAUGAUAACGACAACAACAACAACCACCAGAACAACAACAACCCCAACAUCCAUCACAACAACCAUCAACACCCAAAUGACCAGAACGAGGAGAAUGAGCUGCGGCAAGAUGGGCAGGUGGAAGAGCAGCAGAUUGCAGCUGAGGCACUGAAUGAUAUGGAGGAAGUGGCACAGGAUGAUGGAGGGGCUGCAGGGGAUGGUCAGAAUGAGGCCUCUGCUCAUAAUCCAGCAGUUAUUCCUAUGGAUGUUGACGAGGAGCAAGCAGGACCCAGCGGCCUUCAGCCUAUCGUAAAAGCUGCACCUAUUACUGUCCAUGACUCGGAUAGUGAGGAUGAAGAAGAGAACAUGGGGUCCUCAAGAGCCUGCAUUACUAACAGCAUUGCACAGAGUUACUCUGAUGGAGAAGAGAAAGUCAGAGAUCCAGUGGAAACCAGAGAGCCGUCAGCAGUGAGCGGUAAAGGCAAGACUCCAUUGCGGAAGAGGUGCAAUGCCAACCAAGUGGGCCAGGUGAAGCAAUUCCAUGCUGAGGAGAGCAGCUGUGAGAAAGGCUGUCAAGUGACCAGUGAGCAGAUUAAAGCAGAUAUGAAAGCAGCCAGCGACAUGCCUGAAAGGAAUAAAAUCAAAGAUUCUUACCCAGGUUGCACUAAUGCUGCUGGAUCGACAGGGACCUCCAACUCUUGCAGUGCUGCUUCUUCAAGCCCUGAUUGUGCAAGGACAGCUAAUAGCCACUCUGCUGGCACCAGUCCGACAAUUGCAGAUGAAUCCAGGCAGUGUGUCUGCUCCCCUUGUAAGAGCGAAGGCUCCAAUGAGAGAGACAGUGAGGAGGGUGCCAUUUGCUCCAGGUGCUCCUGCUAUAGGCAGCAGGAGCCACAAAGGAGGAUUAGUGGGUGCUCUGAUGGGGAGUGCCCAUCCACUAGUGGCGCCUGCACUCGGAAUGGACCAAAUAGCACUGGGUCAGAUUUUUCACUUAGGACGGUGCCAAACUGUGGGCCUCCAGGAGAGGCAAACACCGAAAGGACUAAUGGGAGUGUCUGUGGGAUUGCUGGUGAGGAGGAGGGCGCUGGCUUACAGCCAGGGAACUAUGAAAUGGAGUAUAAUGAAGAUUAUCCCCGCCGGCCUCUAACAAGAGCCAGAAGCAAACUGUCCCAUGUACCUCUGUUGUCUGAAUCAGAAGUGGCCAAGCCGAAGCCCCGACAAACAAUGAAGCGGAAAAGGACCGCUGACAAGUCAACAAGCACUAGUGAUCCUGUUAUUGAGGAUGACCACGUUCAGGUGCUGACUUUGAAAUCCAAAAACCUUGUUGGAAUCACAUUGACCAAUUGUGGAAUAACGGACCUGAUCCUGAAAGAUUGCCCCAAAAUGAUGUUCAUCCAUGCUACGAGAUGCCGUGUACUAAAGCAUUUAAAAGUAGAGAAUGCACCGAUUGUCAAUCGAUUUGACUAUGCCCAGUGCAAGAAAUUAAACAUGGAUCAGGUACUAGAUCAGAUACUGAGGAUGCCACCAGAGAGAAACCGGAUCAUUUACCUUCGUCCAAUGCAGCAGGUCGACACAUUGACUCUAGAGCAAAAGAUAUUUAGCGGUCCUUACCCAUACCACAUUUGCAUAAUUCAUGAGUUCAGCAAUCCUCCUAACGUCCGCAACAAGGUGCGCAUUCGCAGCUGGAUGGACACAAUAGCAAACAUUAACCAAGAGCUUAUUAAAUAUGAGUUCUUCCCUGAAGCCACACGAACUGAUGAAGACUUGAAGAAAUACACCAAGUACCCUUGGGGGCGGGAUAUUUAUACUCUAGAAGGCAUUGUGGAUGGAGCCCCUUACUCUAUGAUUACAGAUUUCCCUUGGCUGAGGUCGCUCCGAACAGCAGAGCCAAACAGCUAUGCCAGAUACGAUUUUGAGGAUGAUGAGAGAACAACUAUCUAUGCUCCCCGGAGGAAAGGACAGCUAUCUGCAGACAUCUGCAUGGAAACAAUAGGCGAGGAGAUCUCAGAACUGCGCCAGAUGAAAAAAGGUGUUUUUCAGCGGGUGGUGGCGAUCUUCAUUCAUUACUGUGAUGUCAAUGGCGAACCGGUAGAGGAUGAUUACAUUUGAUUGGAUCCCCCAGCGAAUCCCUGGCCCUUCCUAACUUCCAGUUGGCACUGCCAGCAAAGAAAGCAGAUGGAUCCAUUCCUACUGCCUUAGUACACUAAGGUGUCUUGGAAAUUGUGUACUUCGCAGUUGGCCUGACUCAGUUUGGUAUAGAAUAUGUAGUAAAUGUAUAAUGAAAUAUAAAAAUUGUAUACUAAGGUUUGUACAUAGAGGAAACAAAAAUAUUCCUAAAGCUGAGACUUUAUUUCAUAUGUUUAUACAAUUUAAUUUAAAUUCCAUUUUAAUGAAGGCGAACCAUUGGGACAGGGUGAAAAAGUUUGAAUUUCUUAGCCCAUACAAUUCAUAGCAGUAAAUUUUUUUUGUUUGUUACAAACAUAACCCCAUUUGCUGUGUUCAAAAGAGUCAUUGGAGUCUCUCUUAAUCUGUGCCUUUUUCUUCUUGAGCAUCUAAGAGUCCAGUCCGAGUAAAUCUGUUGAACACA